AAACAUUGAUGCAGCCCUGGUACAACAGCUGUUCAAUCAAAGCCAAGAACCCAAACAAUAUUUUUAAAUUAGCGACAAUUAUUGAAAAUAAAAUGAACAUAGAUUUGCGGAAAUUAUGCCGCAUUUGUUUCGUGGAUAAUGCCGAAAUAGACAUUACCCAUCACAAGGUGCUGGCUGCCGGACAAACAAACGACGCCGACAUCGAGGAGGAGCACACAAUAUGCGAAAUAAUGCAGGCCAUGCUUCACAUCUCGAUGGAUCUGACAUCGGAGCUGCCCAUGAUAUGCCAUGCCUGUCUGGACGAGUGCCUCACACACUAUUCGUACUUCAGCAAGUUGAUGAUUGCCAAUCGCCAACUGCGCCAGUUGUACAACGAGGCUCAAUUGGAGAGGGAACAGGUUGUAGAGGAGGAGCAACGAGAGGUAGAGCAAGAUGUGGAGGAGGAGGAGAUGCUCGACAUUCACCUGAUAGAAGUAGCUGGUGACGAAUUGCAGCAGCCGCAGCAACAGUUUGUGGAUCUGUGCACAGAGGAGCAGCCAGCGCGUCCCUCACAGCGAUUAGCCAACGAAGAUUCACUGAUCGUAUCUGAAUUUCUGCCAGCCACUGAGCUAGACGAGCACGAGCAAUCCGAAAUGGAUCAAAAUCUGAUGCAAUUUCCCAGCUACGAGCUGCGCACUUUGGAUUAUGCCGCCGUUGAGCUGAAGCACGACAAUCUGGACGAGUACAACGAAACGAACCGUUUGCUGAACACCGAGCCCAGCGGCAGUCAGGCCAUCUACAAGUGCAAAUACUGUCCACUUGCCUAUGCCUCCCAGCAGUUCCUCAAGACGCACGUGCGCCGCUCGCACGUGUGCAAGUAUUGCACCACGGCCUUUGUCAAGGCGAAGGAUCUUAAUGCCCACAUUCGGGACAAGCAUGCGAAUAGCCAUCAGUGUGUCGUCUGCCAAAACAGCUUCAGCACCAGCAGUAAUCUGCGCGCCCAUCUCAAACGCAUGCAUGGUGUCCAGCUGCCCGCUCAAGUAGCCCUCCUCGACUAUCGGCCCGCACGGCGAGAGGAUUGCGAAAAUGCGCCCAAGUAAAUUUAGUUUUUAGUAAACUCGA